GGAAGAAGAAACAGAAUGAUCACAAGAAAGUAAUUACAAACCGGCAGUGAACUUGCCGUGGCACUCGGGCGACCGGCGAACGCUAAGAAAAUUUACGUUAGCGUCAGAAAGCUAUGUUGCUUGGCGACCAAUCCGGGGGAUGGUAAAAUCGGGCGCGCGCCUCUCCUAUCUUUUUUAGUGGGGCCCCGAACCACCACCCCACCAACACCCCUAAAAGGCUAACGAAGACUGCGAUACGGCGCGCGCAGCCGAGGCAGUGACGUCGCCCCUCCUGCCGCCGGCGACGAAAGUGUUCCGAACGCCAGCAUCACAGGCGGCGAUACCCUUGUAUGGCGGCCGAUAUUUUUGGACGCGCGCGGCGGGGAAGAAUAUAGAUAGCGGGCACUAGCCGUUGGUCUUCAGUCGCUGCUAGCACACUGUGCAGAGAGGCACGCCGGAGCUAAGUGUUGUUCGAGGACUGAGACGAGAAGGCAUCCAACAUGUGUGACGACGACGUUGCUGCGCUGGUCGUGGACAAUGGCUCCGGCAUGUGCAAGGCCGGGUUCGCCGGUGAUGACGCCCCCAGGGCCGUGUUCCCGUCCAUCGUGGGCCGACCCCGUCACCAGGGAGUGAUGGUGGGCAUGGGUCAGAAGGACAGCUACGUGGGUGACGAAGCGCAGUCCAAGAGAGGUAUCCUCACCUUGAAGUACCCCAUUGAACACGGCAUCAUCACCAACUGGGACGACAUGGAGAAGAUCUGGCACCACACCUUCUACAACGAACUCCGAGUGGCUCCAGAGGAGCACCCCAUCCUGCUCACAGAGGCUCCCCUCAACCCCAAGGCCAACAGGGAGAAGAUGACGCAGAUCAUGUUUGAGACGUUCAACACGCCCGCCAUGUACGUCGCCAUCCAGGCCGUGCUGUCCCUGUACGCCUCCGGUCGUACCACAGGUAUCGUGCUCGACUCAGGAGACGGUGUCUCCCACACCGUCCCCAUCUACGAAGGUUACGCCCUGCCCCAUGCCAUCCUCCGUCUGGACUUGGCCGGUCGCGACUUGACCGACUACCUGAUGAAGAUCCUGACGGAGCGUGGCUACAGCUUCACCACCACGGCUGAGCGGGAAAUCGUCCGAGACAUCAAGGAGAAGCUGUGCUACGUGGCUCUGGACUUCGAGCAGGAGAUGGCUACCGCCGCCGCCUCCACCUCCCUGGAGAAGUCCUACGAAUUGCCUGAUGGCCAGGUCAUCACCAUCGGCAACGAGCGUUUCCGCUGCCCCGAGGCUCUGUUCCAGCCUUCCUUCCUGGGUAUGGAAUCCUGCGGCAUCCACGAGACUGUCUACAACUCCAUCAUGAAGUGCGACGUGGACAUCCGUAAGGACCUGUACGCCAACACCGUUCUGUCUGGUGGUACCACCAUGUACCCUGGUAUCGCCGACAGGAUGCAGAAGGAAAUCACCGCCCUCGCUCCGUCCACGAUCAAGAUCAAGAUCAUCGCUCCCCCUGAGAGGAAGUACUCCGUCUGGAUCGGUGGCUCCAUCCUGGCCUCUCUGUCCACCUUCCAGCAGAUGUGGAUCUCCAAGCAGGAGUACGACGAGUCCGGCCCUGGCAUUGUCCACCGCAAGUGCUUCUAAGUUAACAACCACGUGACGAUGUGAUAACCACCGGCAACAAGAACAACCGUAACAGCAACAGCAACUUGUCCACGUAUCAGCAACAUUUCAAAUACGUUGUAAGCAGUGACGAAAGAACAGUGUAACGUGGCGCUCACUCAGUUCCUUCCGUGUAAACAGUGUUGAACUGUCAACCCAGUUGUCAAUAAAAUGUUUGUUUCGAUAAAUGUUUUGUAAAAAAACAAAAUUACACCAAAUUUUAAAAGAAAACUGUAAGUACUGAGUUAUUUUUUUUAUAUAAUUUUUAUAAGCUUGUUCAUAUUUAAACCAGUUGAGUGCUUGUUAUGUAACUUAUGAUAAGAGCUUGAUAUUGUGCUGAUAAUAUGAACAAGGUGACACGGGUUCCAGCACACGUUUGGAACUAAUGAAAAUUACAAAAAAUGUAAAUAAACAUUUCCGCUUCGUUACUUUA